GGGGCAGUGCAGUGUGCUGGGAUGGCACUCAGAGGGAUGGCCCUCAGCCACAACAAGGGAAAUUUGGCUGUGACUUGAGGGUCACAGCUGGGUCACCUUUGAGCUCUGCUUCCCACCUUGGUCUGGGCUUGCAGGGGCGGUGGUGGGGCUGCCCUGUGCUGCGGCUUUAAGGCUCUGCCAGGCAGCGGCUCCUCCAGCCAGGAGCACCAGGCAGUGAUGCUCUGCUCCACAGCACUCACAGCUCUCUGCUUAACAACGUUUGGCUGCUGCUGAGACGCCUGAGCAGCGAGCUCCAAGCUGCCUCCCAGCUCUGCAGAGUCCCACCUGCACCAUGGCAGCAGCACCGGGCUCCCCUGCGCUCAGAGCUGCCAAGUCCUGCAAGAAACAGCGCACGGUGAAGAGGCAAACUGGCAUCUACACCUACCAGGAGCCACCCCACAGCAACUCGGAUGAUGACACUGGUGAAGAGAAGGCUGAGAGCCAUGAUCCAGAGCAGAUCUUUCAGAACAUCCAGUACCAGAAGGAGAUUAUGUCCAAUAUCCGCUGCCGGCCGUGGCCGAUGAGGCAGAAGCUGAGGGCGCUCAGGCAGGCCAAGGAGAUCGUGCUCAAGUACGAAGGGAGGCUCACGAGGACGAGAGGUUACCAGGCUGCUGGGGCAGAGCUUUGGAGGAAGUUCAUUCGACUUGCAUACAAUUUUGUGGUAAUCUUCAUUCCUUGGGAAAUGAGAAUAAAGAAAAUCGAGAGUCAUUUUGGGUCUGGAGUUGCCUCUUACUUCAUCUUCCUGAGAUGGCUAUUUGGAAUCAAUAUUGUCCUUACCAUAAUGACAGGAGCAUUUGUAGUCCUACCAGAGCUCCUGGCCGGAGCCCCGUUCGGCAGCACGCUCAGCAAGACCAUUCCCAAGGAGCACAUUGCAUCUGCUCAGGACCUGGACACCAUCUGGUCACUAGGGGGCUACCUCCAGUACUCUGUUCUGUUUUAUGGCUAUUAUGGUCGUGACAGGAAGAUUGGGAAGGCUGGAUACCGGCUGCCUCUUGCCUACUUCCUUGUUGGAAUGGCUGUGUUUGCUUACAGCUUCAUCAUUCUCCUAAAAAAAAUGGCAAAGAACUCAAGAAUGAGUUUAGCAAGUGCCUCUGAUGAAAAUUACACUUUCUGCUGGAGACUGUUCUGUGCUUGGGACUAUUUGAUAGGAAACCCUGAGGCUGCAGAGAGCAAAGCUGCUGCCAUAGUCAACAGCAUCAGGGAAGCUAUAUUGGAAGAGCAGGAAAAGAAGAAAAGCAAAAACUUGGCAGUGACCAUAAGCUUAAGAAUUAUUGCAAACAUCCUCGUGCUUCUCUCCCUUGCGGGAAGUAUUUACAUCAUCUACUUUGUCGUGGAUCGAUCCCAAAGGUUAGAGCGCACCAAAAAGGAACUGACUCUUUGGGAAAAAAAUGAGGUCAGCGUUGUUGUGUCACUGAUCACAAUGAUUGCACCCUCUGCUUUUGAACUUGUUGCAGCUCUGGAGAUGUAUCAUCCAAGGACCACUCUUCGCUUCCAGCUUGCCAGGGUUCUUGUCCUAUACCUGGGAAACCUCUACAGUUUAAUCAUUGCUCUCCUGGAUAAAGUAGACAGUAUGAGUGUCACUGACUCUGAUGUGAACAACAAUGCAAGUAAUUCUACCACCUCCUUAGCAACCAACGCUCUUUCUAAGGAUGACAAUUUAACCAUUCCCAAAGUACAAAUUAAGAGAAAUGGCUUUGUCACAUCAGAAGAGCAUCGCACCCAAGGCCUGACAGUCUCAGAAUCAGUGGUUAACCAAACAAUUUCCUUUAACACCCAGAACCCACAGGAUCAGUGCUGGGAGACAUAUGUCGGUCAAGAGAUGCUCAAGCUUUCAAUUAUCGACAUGAUUUUCACAGUCGCAAGCAUCCUGCUAAUUGAUUUUUUCCGUGGACUGUGUGUACGAUAUUUGAGUGAUUGCUGGUGCUGGGAUCUAGAAAGCAAGUUUCCAGAAUAUGGAGAAUUCAAAAUUGCAGAGAAUGUAUUGCAUUUGGUUUACAACCAAGGAAUGAUCUGGAUGGGAGCUUUCUUUUCACCUUGCUUACCAGCAUUCAAUGUACUCAAGUUGAUUGGACUCAUGUACCUGAGGAGCUGGGCUGUGCUGACAUGCAAUGUACCACAUCAGCAGGUUUUCAGAGCAUCUCGAUCCAAUAAUUUCUACUUGGCCAUGUUGCUGUUUAUGUUGUUCUUGUGCAUGUUACCAACAAUUUUUGCUAUUGCCCGAUACAAGCCAUCCUUAAGCUGCGGCCCCUUCAGUGGUCAAGAAAAAAUAUAUGAUAUUGUUUCUGAAACGAUUCAAAAUGAUUUUCCCACAUGGUUCAAUACAGUGAUUACUUACAUCAGCAGUCCUGUGGUUGUCCUCCCUGCACUACUACUGUUAUUCAUGCUAAUCUACUACCUACAAAGUAUUGCAAGAUCAUUAAAAUUCACCAACAAUCAACUAAGAAUGAAGAUACAAACAGAAAGAACUGAAGAUAAGAAAAAGGUGGUUCAGAUGGCAGUAGCCAGAAUCCAAAAUCUGGAUGCUAAUGACAAAAGACCAGAGCAAGAAACCGAUAUUAUCAGCCAGGAGUCUUCUGUUCGGUCCUCAACACCCCGAAAGAAUGGCAGUGUCUUGAACUUUGAAUCUCCUGUGAGCAAAGGCACCAGAAUACAAACCAUUUCCCAGUCUGUGCCCCAAGCUGUGCCAUCAGCUGAUGUUGUGAGACCUGCCAACACAACUCCCACAACUUCGACCUCUUUAACACCAGCUCCCUCUGUGUCAAGUGUACAGAAACCAAGAAAUGAUCAUAUCACAAACAGAUACCCAAGUGUUGUUCAUAGGAGUGCAAGUGAGCUGUGCAAAACAAAGCCCUAUACACCAGUAACUUUCAAAAAGCACACUGAAGAUGUUCAUUCUGACCCUCUCUUCAGAAAAGCCACUCGGCAGGUAAAUUCAGAUGCCCAUGGGGCAGGGGCUCCUGUAUUUUUGGGAUGUAGACCAUAUGCUACCAGGUAUUUUCUGGUUAAUGAAAACGAGUCCCGCAAAAAAUCGCUCCGUUCUUCCUCCCGACUCCAAAGGCAUUUCAGAAAGGAGGAAUCAGGAGACAUUAUUGAGUUGUACCCACGCCACAUCAGAAGAUAUGUGGUUCGAACACCACAUCAAAUGUAUUCCCCUCAUCCCAGUGAAGAUGAGGAUGAAGAAGAACUUGAGAGAGAAUUCAUGAACAGAUCCCAUCGUCCUCGCUCACUGUCUGACCUUCGCCCAGCACCACGUUUUUACAUUGGGGAUCGUGCUGAUGGUCACAUUCUAAUGAGCAAAGAUCUAGCCCGAGUACAUUACAAAUCCUGGGAUGAUGGUUUUGAGCUGGACCUGGACAGGCCUCCGUAUGCUUACAAGAAAGUACACCUGAAUUAUCUGGAGCCACGUGUGAAACCAAAAUCAAAGCAAAAGCUGGAGCAAUCUCUAACAGAGUCUGAUUCCAUUUCCAUUGCAUCGAGCAGUGAUCCGCAGACAAGCAGCAAUGACCAGUACAUCCAGGUCAUUCAUACCAAGGACAAGUAUCCAAAAGCUGGGGCAAAACUCAACAAAAAAAAAUCUAAAAACAGUGUUGAUCUAAGUAUGUCUGAGCCUAGUGAACUGGUGUGCUCAAAUGUCUGAGGAAGUGCCUCAACCUUGCUGUGUUUUGAGACAGUGUAUGCGUGUUGUACUUUACUUUCUGUUUGACGUCUGUCAGAGUAACUGUGACGUACUUUCUGUAAGAAUCACGUAUGCAGCCACUCAUGGUAGGAAAAGGCUUCUGUUUUACUCUUUAUUGUACCUUGCUUUAAUAUCACAACUGAUAUGUCGCAUAUUUUAGAGAAGAAGCUUAUUCCAAUUUAUUCCUUACUGUUACGCUGUCAGAACCCAAAAUCUCUGCCUAUGGGAAAAUCAAAAACCAUGUACUUGGGGCACUUCAAUUAAACCACUACAAAAACCCAUAGAUAAGGCUCUUUUUAUCUGACACAGACAGAGCUGAAGAUGCUUCCUGAAUAAAUUCAGCAGGGAAUCAGCUUCCUGCAAACGGA